CUCGAGACUGCCUCAAACGAGAGUCUGGUCAGAUUGCUAUUUGAAUUUUGUGACCGGUAGAGGGCGCUGAAAAAUGUAAACAAAUAUGGCAACUCCAGUAAAAGAAACUGACAGAAUUCGCUUUCCAGACAGUGACAGGUGUGUUUCUUGUUGUUUAGAAAACAAACAAAGGUACUACAUAAUCCGAAAAGAUAAGAACAAGGGUCCUGCUUUUGAAAUUGUAUGUUACUGUUACAAGAACAAUCUCUGUAUCGAAGAAAAUGUUGGGACAUAUGUGUGUUCGCCUUGUUAUAAACUGCUGCUACGAAUAAAAGACAUGGACUGCAGACGGUCACAAUUAUAUGACAAAGUUAUGAUGUCGUCACAAACAUUUAUUAAAGUCAUAUCUGUGAAAAAACGAAGUAUGGCCAUAGGAACACCUGGAACACCAAGACAAUCUAAGUUUCCUGACAAGAGAGCUACUCCAGAUCAAGGAUCCCUAGAAAAGCAGUCUAGACAACAAACAGUAAUUAGAAAGCCAUCAACAAGAUCAUUGUUUUUAACUCCAUCAAAAAAAGCCUCGAGCUCAUUCACAGAGGAUCUCGCUGUUCCAUUUUCACCUGGGCCUCAAAGUAGUAACCAACAAAAGAGAAUCAAAUCUUCAUCACUUUCGGUUAAGAAAACCCUGAAACAUACAGUGUCAUUUCGAUCUUCAAAACUCUGUGAACAGAUGCUUCCAAUUGUAAAAUCAUUAGCAAAUGGAAGCUUCAAAAAGGCUUUAUCAUUACUUGUAAAUUCUUCAGACCAUGCAACCAAAGAAAAUGCAAAGAAGGCAGUUAAGAAGUUAAUUGAACAGGAAUGCUGUGUCUUUUCAAAACAAACAAAUGAAUUUGAAGUACAUUUACAGAAACGGGAAACUAGAGAUUUGGAAAACUUCAACAUGAAAGAAAUUCAAAAGGAUUUUGAAAGUCAUGCACCCAUGUUAUGGGCAUGUGCAACCCAAGCAGCAACCUCUGGUUAUAGCAAGACAUUCGAUCAGGUUAAGGUUUGUGCAGCUUUGUGUGUUCUUUUGCAGGGACGUUCAAAAAUGCUUAACUCUCUUCAACAUGUUGUUGCCAUAACAAUGUACAACAACCAAUUACAGAAAGAUGGCUUUUCGGUGCUUGCAAAGCUGGGUUUUUCUGUAACCCAUACAACCUUGAAUGAAAAGUUGAACACAGCGAAAAAACUAAAUGAGCAAGUAAUGAAAACCUAUCAGAGGAGGUUAGCAGACACUAUUGCUGCUAAAAGUAUUGUGGAUAGGGUGAGCACUGAACACUCUUAUGCAGGAGGAUUAGAUCAACCCUCAGUCAUAGAUGAACAUUCCUAUUCAACCAUCUACCAUUCAGAAUUUCAACAACAUGGUGAACCCCUAGGCUACAGAUUUAACCUCGACAACCUGGACUUUCAUAUAAAAGUCAGGGAAAUGACACAGGAACAUCAAAAUGUGUCGAGGCAUUUUACUCAAAUCAUGUCUGUUGUAGAUAGAGUGAGCUGUGAGGGUUUCACAGAUGAGCCUGUCGGAAAUUUGAUGGAGGUUGAAAACAGCGAAUUUCUUCCUACUGCUGAGGACAAUUACACUCUUAGAAAAGACAUGAUACAGGUUGUAUCCAACAUUCUGAUCGAACAUCUGUCAUCCUUCAAAAUCUUUGAAAAUAUUUGUCCUAAACAAUUCCAACAUGCUUAUUCAGCAGAAAUGUCGAAGAAAUCUAUUGUGAAUCAGCAGUGUUUUGUUGGGAUACUUCUUGCAUUCAAUUAGAAACAUACAGUGAUACCACUUGGAAUUCUGCUAAAGAAUGAAAACAAAACCAAUGAUAUGAUAGAGAUCCUUGAGCACUUACAACAGUAUGUCCCUGGAGCCAGAACUGAAUUGGAAGAGAUUCAAGAAAGAGAAGAAACAAAUCCUAAGAUGCAAGCAAUUCCAGUUGGAGGUGACCAAUUGACGUGUGAGCGAAUUAGAGGUGCACAUAUGGCUCGUCUUGAUGGAGAUACACAAGAGGAAAGAUUGGAGGGUUUGAUAACUAUGGUGGAAGAUUUUCAUGAGAAAAUAAAUUUCCUGCAGGCAAUGAUGGACCGGUUCUACAAACCAGGAAGUGCACGAGAAACAGGCACAUUGUAUCAACUAAGGAAUGUCAUAAAUAGAAGAAAUGUCACAAAAAAUGUGAGUGCAGAUUAUCAUGCAGUUGGAUCUUUUAUUGACCUAGUGACAAGUGCUCAUGUUAUUGCAGCAGCUCUGAAAGCAUUUGGAAUGGAUAGCAUUGAGGAUCCCUGUCCAAAAGUCCCACUGUUCACAGAAUCUGCUGAUGAAGGAUCCAAAAAGAGGUUGUUAGAUAAGAUUGUUGGGGAAAUAGUGGACACAUUCUUCUUGAACAGCUUGACAGUAACAGUCAAUAGGAUUGAGGAUGAUGAAACUGCCAUUGAAGGGCCAAUAGUUGAUGAUGGAGUGUACAAUUAUGCCACCAAUGUCACAAAAUAUGGGCUUCUCAGGAAAAUCUCUGUUCUAGCUACUAGAAAUGGGGAUGGUAUUCGACAGAUAAGACACUGGAAGUAUGGUCUAUUAGUAUAUGACCUUUCACACAAGAUUAAGUACAGACUUGAAUCUUUCUUGCUUUUAGCAGGUGUGAAUGCACUUUUCACAGAGAAGCAAAGACAUCAGAUAAUUUGGAAUCGGUUUGUCAAUUUGUCUGGAGGAAAAGACAAGAAUCUGGAUGGGGAUUAUGUCAUGGAACUGCUUAACAAGUAUGCAAAGGGUCGUGUUAAAUUACUUGGACCAAAUCAAACUCCAGAGAUUGUUGACCGCAUAGGUAAAACAAUGAUGUUCUGCCACAAUGUCAAUGAGAAAUUGGAAAGAGAAAUUGGUGUUCAUCCAGCAGGAAUACACCAUGCACAAAGAGACAAAACACAAGAUAUAAAGGCUGUUGUGAACCAACUGAAGAAUGCAAAUGUGUUUUCAGUCAUAAGAGGUAGGCAACAUGACUCUUUCCAAGAACAGUUUGAUAUGUUCCAAAAUGUCAACUCGCAUGCCUUACACAAAUGGUUAAAUGUCAAGAAGCAGGAGUAUUCAAAUGGAAAGUAUGCAUUUUAGAUUAUCAUGUGUUGUACACUGAUACCAGCUACCAGGAGAAAGGACAUUUUAGUAAGUUUCCAGAAGUUAAAUUUCUAAAGUUACCAGCAAGUUACCAAAAAGUGUGUGAAAUCUAUGUAGAAUGACAGUCGGUUAUGUGCAGUUUGAAUUUUUAUGUUGAUUCAUCUUAAAAUACUGAUAUUUUGUAUAUUUAUGUCAAGUACAUCAUUCAUUGGUGAAAUUUAAAGGAUUAUUCAAAAUCAAUGGAAAGUAGGCAUCUGAAAUGUGUUUCAAGUUGUAAAAUUUGUUAAGCUACUAGAACAUGUACACCAGAUAUGUGGAAUUUACCAUGUAUGUAUAGCUAUAGAAUGUGGGUGGUGUAUGUGCAGUUUGAAAAUUUUGUUAUGUUGAUUUAACUCAAGAUAUUGACAUUUUGUAUACAGCUCACAUGUCUUAUAUAUAAAGUGUAUGCAUGAAUUAUUUAACUUCCAUGUGUACAUGUGGAGGAUUAAAUUAGCAAUAUCAGUGUCAGAAGAUAAGACAUUUUAUUUAUAAUAAAUUACUAAGUAUUCAUGAUCAGCUGUGAUAUUGUUCAACACUGGAAAUUAGGUGUUUUCAAGUACCUAUAUAUUGUGAUUAAUUAAUAAUCUCAGGUAAAACAUCUUUCUUGCCUUAUUAAAAAACUUUUGAAAGUCAUGAUUUUUCUUUAGCAACACACAAGUAGGAGUUGUAUGCAUUUACUGGUACAAUAGAACCAGCUAAUAAUGGGUGUAUAGAUAAAUAAUUUGUGAAAUAUAUACAGACCUAUGAAAGGUAGGAGUGGGUAUUGCAAACAAUUUUCAUAUCGCAAUAUAAUGCAGUCUUUAAAGGAAUAUGUGAUAUAUCAUGCAAGUAUAUUCAAGGUUUCAAUAUAGAAUUAUCUUGAAGUGUACAUAUCCAAAAUUCUGCUGUUGAAAUCCCUCAAAUAGUUGUUGAAUUUUGCUGCAAUAUAUUCAAAUAUUGAAAAUCAUAUCAUGAUCACAAUCUCACUGAAAAAUAUUGCAAUAGAUAUAUGAGUUUUGCAAUAUAAUUGCCCACCCUCAAUCAAGAUACACAAGACACAUUAAAUCUCAGAGGAAUAUUUUCAUAUAAAAAUUUAACACAUACACUGUAUUUGAAAUAAUAAUAUUUUAAUAUACCAGGCAAUAUAAGGAUACAGUUAGGUAGAUAAAGAUGAAAUAUUUGACAUGCAUCACAUUUAUCUGUGUCUAAUGUAUUAACAUUACCACAUGUGUGGCCUGCCUCCUUACACUGCAGGGAAGGAUUCAGCUGACC